GUCUCCUGGUCUAAGCUGCUUGAGUGGACUGAUCCAACCGUAUUAAGGGCCUUUGAGAACCAAAUUCUCAGGCACUUCUGAGGGGAGUUCAAUAGACGGACACCUGUGGGUGACCUGACUUUAUUAUGGAACCUGAGGACUUUGAUUCUGAGGACAAAGAGAUACUAAGCUGGGAUAUUAAUGAUAUGAAACUACCACAGAAUGUGAAAAAGACCGACUGGUUCCAGGAAUGGCCAGAUUCCUAUGAGAAGCACAUCUACAGCUCGGAGGACAGGAACGCGCAGCGGCACCUGAGCAGCUGGGCGAUGCGCAACACCAACAACCACAACUCGCGCAUCCUCAAGAAGUCCUGCCUGGGCGUGGUGGUGUGCAGCCGCAACUGCUCUGCCGAAGAGGGGCGCAAGAUCUACCUGAGACCUGCCAUCUGUGACAAAGCCCGGCAAAAGCAGCAGAGGAAACGCUGUCCCAACUGCGACGGGCCUCUCAAGCUGAUUCCUUGCCGAGGCCAUGGGGGCUUCCCGGUCACCAACUUCUGGAGGCACGAUGGACGCUUCAUAUUUUUCCAGUCAAAGGGAGAGCAUGAUCAUCCAAAACCAGAAACCAAGUUGGAAGCGGAGGCAAGAAGAGCGAUGAAGAAGGCGCAGACAGCGUCUUCCUCCGUCUCCCUAAAGCUGAAGGGAGGCCCAGAGACAAAGUCUCUUCCAGGGGAAGCGCAAACUUGGGGAAGUUUGCCUUUAACUUGGUCUUUCCAGGAAGGCGUCCAAUUGCCUGGUAGUUACAGUGGACAUUUAAUAGGUAACGCGCCCCAGCAGAAGUCCCUGAAUGAUUGCUUAUCCUUCUCCAAGGGUUAUGGUUUGGGGGGAACCACUAAUCUGGCAGACCCCACUUCCACCUUGGGCCCCAAGCUCUAUGAGAAGUGCAAAUUGUCCAACAGUCGGAUCUGCAACAGUGGGGACCUACUUCAGCCUGUCUCCGGAGUCUUCUCUGACUACAGUGAUCUGCAACCAUGGAAUAAAAACACUGCUUUGGGGAGAAAUCCUCUUAAUGACAACUGUUGUCCCAAUUACCCUUUUCCUCUGACCAGCUGGCCUUACGACCUCUCUCCUUCCCAGAACUCUUCAGAACCCUUUUUCCAGCAGAUUCCAGUGGAACCACCUGCAGCCAAAACUAGCUGUCACCCAUUAUGGCCAAAUCCAGGGGGUGACCUCUAUGAAGAGAAGGUGCAUGUGGAUUUUAACAGCUACUAUCCUCCCGCCACAUGCCACUCACCUCCGGAAGACCCCUUUCUCCUCACCUACACCUCCCAUCCUCACCAUCAAUAUUCGCUGCCAGGCAAGAGUAGCAAAUGGGAUUUUGAUGAAGAAGUGAGGUGCAUGAGUUUGGAUCACUGCAACACGGAAAUGCUUCUAAACCUCUGCCCUCUAAGAUGAUUCAAACCUGAACCCUUGUGCACUGUGAGUGGGAAUAUAAUUUGGUGCAGCCAUUGUAAAAAGUAGUAUGGAGGUUCCUCAAAAAAUUAAAUGUAAAACUACUAUAUAAUCCAGCAAUCCCACUUCUGGGUAUACAUUUGAAGGAAAUGAAAUCACUAUCCUGAAGAGAUAUCUGCACCCCCAUGUUCAUUGCAGCAUUGUUUGCAAUAGGCAAGACAUGGAAACAACCUAAGUGUCCAUCAGUGGAUGAAUGGAUAAAGAAAAUGUGUUAUUUUCACACAAUGGAAUACUACACAGGCAUAAAAAAUGAAAUGCUGCCAUUUAUGACAACAUGGAUGGACCUUGAGGGCAUUAUGCUAAGUGAAAUAAGUCAGACAGAGAAAGACAACUACUGUAUGAUCUCACUUAUAUGUGGAAAAUAAAAAAAACCAAAAUUCAUAGAAACAAAGAUCAGAUUUGUGGUUGCCAGAGGCAGAGGAUAAAGAGUGGGAGAACUGCAUGGAGGUGAUCAAAAGGUACAAACUUCCAGUUUUAAGAUAAAUAAGUUCAGGAGAUAUAAUGUACAGCAUGGUGACUAUAGUUAACAAUAUCGUAUUGUAUAUUUCAAAGUUGCUAAAAGAGUAGAUCUUAAAAGUUCUCAUCACAAGGAAAAAAAAUCUGUAACUUUGCGAGGUGAUGGAUAUUAACUGAACAUUGUAAAAAUUUUGUAGUAUAUACAUAUAUU